ACCUGACGGCCUCCACACACUACAGCUACCGUUUGUCGUGGUGCUGCUGCUGGUGGUAGUGGUGGUGCCAAGAAGUCCUGUAGCCGGGUACGGACACCUGGCCACGAUACAAGAGGAGCGACACCAACCUUCGCUGCUCCAAGAAUCGCGUUCCUCCCACCCGCCCCCAACCUUACCCACAUCAUGGACGACACGACAAGCUAUCUUUUCCAUGCAUGAAGUGUACAGUGUUCUGAGCUGACGAGGACAUUAGCAAACUCCUUACUUUCCCGGCCUUCUUUAACACUCCGGCGAUGACAACUGACAAUAUCGACAAUGAAAUGUGAGAAAAAGUCACAGAACUUUGGGCACUAAAAUAUCCUGCACCUGCCUUCCUGUUAUCUGUCUUGUCAUCAAUGGAGCUGAGCGUGUGCGUCCCCCUGUUGGCCGACUGACCACUCACCUCACCCGGCUUGUGUGGCCUUCGGCCGUUCUUCUGUCUCUCAACACCCGGCGCCACUAGCCUCACUCACUCCAGAUCAGUUUAUCGGAAACAAACAAACAAACAAGACUUCUGCCAUCACUCUGACAGUUUGAACAAAGCAAGUGAACACAUCUGUAGCCGGACUGUGCACAGCCUGUGUAACAACAUCUGGAGGCUUGUGUGUCGAGACCCAUGUAGCCACUAAGCUCACAAAGUUUUGCUUCUGAAGUUUUCUUUCUCUGGGGUGGCCUCUUGCGGUCGAGUGGCUUCCCUGGAUUGUUUCACCUGCUUGGAUGAGCAUCUUGUGUCAGCAGCCGACUGCUCCCAGUGUGUAACGGACCGUGACAAGAGAGGAGGUGAAGCUGGGCUCGCCAUUUGUCUAAUCUGCUCAGUUCUUCACGCCAGUGAAAGCUGUUUGAUCGAAUUUCACGCAAGCUCUGAAGCUCACUCUGGCGACCUUCACCUCUGACAAUCAGCUGAGGAUGCCUGAACCCUGCCGUGACCUUCAUGACCUUUGCUGAACGAUGUGCAACGAAAGAAGAUUCGUCUGCUGCUGCUUUCCUCUAGUCUCUCCUCAUCCUCAUUAUUAGCGGCAGGAAUUUAUUGAAACAGACGAUAUUCGAGACUUGAACAGGUCAGGGUGAUGGUCAGCAGGUGCCACAGAACACAAAGAGACUACAGGAUACUAGAAGCCAGACUAGCUGGAGACUACAGGAUACUAGAAGCCAGACUAGCUGGAGACUACAGGAUACUAGAAGCCACACUAGCUGGAGACUACAGGAUACUAGAAGCCACACUAGCUGAGACUACAGGAUACUAGAAGCCACACUAGCUGGAGACUACAGGAUACUAGAAGCCACACUAGCUGGAGACUAGAGUAUAUCAGAAGCCACACUAGCUGAGACUACAGGAUACUAGAAGCCACACUAGCUGGAGACUACAGGAUACUAGAAGCCACACUAGCUGGAGACUAGAGUAUAUCAGAAGCCACACCAGCUGGAAACCAGAGGAUACUAGAAGCCACGCUAGCUGAGACUAGAUGAUAUUGAAAGUUAGAGUAUAUCAGAAGCCACACUAGCUGAGACUACAGGAUACUAGAAGCCACACUAGCUGAGACUACAGGAUACUAGAAGCCACACUAGCUGGAGACUAGAGGAUGCUAGAAGCCACAGUAGCUGGCUGCAAGACAAAUGGCGCAAGUAUUGCGAUCUUGAAAACAAUAACAGUCGGCACGAACACAACCUGCAGACAGUAAUUUACAUUUGAACAUUGUACAAAUAUAGCAGCUCUCUCUCUCUCUGUCUUUAGGAUGCAUGUAAACGUGUAAACAUGUAAGUUUGUUCUAACUUCGUUCUCUUCCCACUAUCAUCAACCCCCGACUGCCAUCAACCUCCAGCACUUCCGCCGAAAUUCAGUGUCAACACUAGAGACAGAAAACAGCAGAAGGCCUUCACAAGCCCUGUGACACCUUGUUGCACCAUUAUAAACCUGUUCAAAUACCUGUAAGACAUUACAUCAAGCCCACAAGCCUGUCUAAAUACCUAGAACACCUGUAAAUACCUGUUAAAGCCUUUCAGCUGUAAACCUCUAUCUGCACCUGCCGCACCUGCCGCACCUGCCUGGAGUGUCCAGAGAGUCCAUCGAUCACAGUGGCAGGGUCAGGGAUUCGCAGCCCAGCGGAUUUCCUUCGGUGUUUUCAGCUGCAGCAGCCCGCCCGGUGUCAGUCCAAACGGACUUGUGAACACAAAGGCCUCUGUGUAUAAGGCUAGAGGACUGUGUAUAAGGCUAGACGACUGGGUAUAAGGCUAGAGGACUGGGGACCACAGACUGUAGUCGUGCUGAAGGCCAAGGGACUGAAGAACGCGGAGGGAUGCUGUGUAACAAGGUCUGGAGUCUGGGGAGGAGGGACUGCAGAUGGAGCCAGCGGAUGUGAAGAGGCUGACAGGUCCUCCUGUCUGUGGUGACUGUCAUCACUGUCCGCCGACACAGUGGUGAGAACUUGUAGGCAAGCUGUGAAUUCAUUCACAAGCUGUGAACUGCUACACUAGCCGAGAGAGGACUACACAAGCCUCGGGGAACUUUUGUCACAAAGCAUUCCGCUGGCUUCUCACAGGAAUAUGAACAGCUGUUGUCCAGUUCACUGUAUGGCGAUGGGAGGACUGUGAACACCAGACAAUCGGAGCGCUGGCAGGCUCACACAUCCAGCUGUCCUCACGGAAUGGAAUGAAAGACCAGUGUACAGAUUCAGGUAGCGCUGUGUCAUCUAACUGCAUGACAUCACUGAUGCCAGACCUGAGGGCAAAUCUGAUGCCAGCCUCCCGGGCCUCAUUCUGAUCCAAUAAAGUCAGACCAGUCCUUGACCUCACCCUCCUGCAUCCUCCAGCACGACAAGCAGGCGAGAUACGUACCGAGCUACAAAGGUCAGACAACUUUAAUGAAACUAGACAGAUUAUAAGGCUAGAGGAAAAAUCAACAGAUUAUACAUAAGCUAGCGACAUCGACAGCGAGGAAAGAAGACUGAUGAAAACUGUGGACUUCAGUAAAUGCACUACACAAAGUUGAAAGCCGGAGAAUUGAUUAUUGAAUCUUAAAACCGCACCGGGAGGACAAAUUCUCCCCGGGGCUUUGAAGAACAUCGAUCCCCAGUGUAACCAGGAAACUGCAAUAAGUCCAGCAACUGUCGGGACUUCAGGGGCCGCCGACUGAAAGUCCACAUCAAGAUGGAGUAACCUGCCAGCAAUUAGCUUCUUCCUUCUCUCUCUCUCUCGGUGACACAGCCUCUGCUGCUGACUCGGUGCAAAACACUAACAGUUAGUCUGAAUUACCUCAGAUGGAUGGAUUACCUGUUUUCUGUUAAAACGGAUGCAGGUGUUUUGAACCGGAGACCACUGGGAUAGCUUUUGCAGGCAAUCAACGUAUAGCUGGAGACAGAAAACACACACAGACAGUGUGUUUGUGUGUUUGUGUGUGUGUGUUGCUGAGGUCUGACUGACAUACAGUGGGGCUUGCUUCAUGCCUCACGCCAAGGUUCAAUUCAUCUUUCAACUGCUGUUGAUGUCUUUGCCAGAUCUUGUAGUCGUCCUCCUCGCAUGAACACACCUGUGGUAGGCAAGGCACCUGUCCUGCCGUCAGUGAGGGGCGCCUGGGGGGUGAGAGUGUACAAAGCUGGGGUUCGAGUGACCCUAACCCCACAUUUUGAGAAAGUUCUUUGCGUCUGAAAUCCUUGCGCCGCUCAGGAAAGAGAGUGCAUGUUAUUUCUGUCUGCACCGAGCUUCGGCAAGUAACACUGAAGGUGAGAGAAAAACUCGUUCUUGGCAUUUUAUAAACUUAUCUUUAAACGCACUCUUCGACCCCACAGUGUGAGAGCGCACAGAUUACUGGUUAGGGAUGAUCUCAGCUUUUUAACAAGUGCGUCAUGCUUUAGUUCAAACCCAAAUAUAUACCCUGCAAUCUGGUCAGGGUCAGUGCACCCUGCCAUACCCCUUCCUGCCACUGCCGGGUUAUCUCUGUGCGACGUGUGAGGAUCUCAAUACCUGGAUCACAGGUUAUCUCUGUGACACCUACAAGGACUUCAAUACCUGGAUCGAAGCCCUGGAAAGACACACACCUACCCUUGACACCUGGUGAUGCAAACAGUUGUAAGGGAAACAUACUUUCCUGCUGACCUUUAAGAGGCGACAAAGACGUCAGGUCAAGGACCAUCGAAAACGAGUUCCUGAUCGAGUCCUGAAAGGAAAAUACGUAAAACCCUACUGUAAACAAUACUGUAAACCACACUGUAAACCAUACUGUAGCUCCUGGCAAUGGGCUCACGCUGAAGCCACCCCACCGUGUAUUAUUUGUGUCUGCGAGGUCUGCAGGCGCCGAGGUCAGUGACCACAGUGACUCUGUGAGCGUGUGAAUGCUGACGUGUACUCCAGCCAUUGGGGGCAGAGGGAGGACAAGCCAGAGGACCAGCCACACACGACAAGCUCAGCAGGGAGAAGCCGUCAAAGCGGGAUCUGGAGUAUUCUGAGUGGUCUCCCCCCACUGUCGUUGAUGCCAUCUGUGACGUCACACAGUACCGUUUCCGGGGCGCAGCAGACAGCGGCAGAGGAAGAUGGGAAGAGGUCAAGUGUGUCAGGCGUGUCAGGCGUGUCAGGACUGUCCACAGUCAAGGCCGCGUACAGAGUGGUGGAGGCGCUCAACAUGUCCACUGCCCCAGCUCCUCACAGGGCACAGGGCACUGUGUCUACCGUCGCUGGCGUCAGCACCGUGGACAUCUUGGACAGCGUCACCUACGUCCACAACAUCAGCAACGACUCCAUGGCCGACGCAGACUUGGCGUACGAACUGGAGAACCCGGCGGUGGGCAUUCUACUGGCUUUGUUCUCGCUGGUUGUCAUCGUCGGCAACUUAAUGGUCAUCGUCGCUGUCUUCAAGGAGCUGUACCUACGAUCAGUGACCAACUACUUCAUAGUCUCACUGGCCAUCGCUGACGUCAUGGUAGGCGGGGUAGUAAUGCCCUUCGCCAUCUCCCUGGAGAUGACCCACGACGUGUGGCUUUACGGCAGAGAGUGGUGUGACCUCUGGCACUCGCUGGAUGUCUUGGCCUCAACGGCCUCCAUCCUCAACCUGUGCGUCAUCAGCCUGGACCGAUACUGGGCCAUCACCGAUCCAAUCGCCUACCCCAGCAAGAUGUCCACCUGCAAGGUGUGCCUGCUCAUCACCAUGGUGUGGCUGUGCUCAGCGGGAAUUUCCUUCCCGGCCGUGGCCUGGUGGAAGGCGGUGACGCCCCCUGACCUUCCGGAGCACGAGUGUCUCUUCACCGACGACAGUGGCUACCUCAUCAUCUCCUCCAUCAUCUCCUUCUACUGCCCGACCAUCAUCAUGAUGUUUGUGUAUGCCAAGAUCUACCGUGCCGCCAUGGCGCAGUACGAGGGCAUCAAGGCGGGCAGUAAAAUCACUUCCGACGGAAUCCGCGGUGACGAUGGCGAGGUCAUGACCUUAAGGAUACAUCGCGGCGGACUGCGCCACAACCACGACGACGGUCACCACCACCAUCAUCACGCCAACGGUGGUAGUGGGGGAGGAGGGAACGGCCUGGGAGUCGGCUCCUCUGGCGUCCCCCUGCAGUUCGAGCGUUCUACCAGCGACAGCGACGGUGACAGCCCCUGCCACACCACGCGCCUGCACGUGCCGGACAGCGCAGUAAGUACCCCUCGGCCUGCCAAGCACAUCACCAAGCGACUACGUCAUUUCGCCAUCAGCAAGAAGCUGACGAAGCUGGCGCGCGAGCAGAAGGCGGCCAAGACGCUGGGCAUCGUCGUGGGGGUCUUCAUCAUCUGCUGGCUUCCCUUCUUCGUCACCAACGUCCUUUUCGGGGUCUGCAAGCUGGACUGCAUCCCUAACCCUGACGUCAUCAUUCCAGUGGUCACGUGGCUGGGGUACGUCAAUUCCGGAAUGAACCCCAUCAUCUAUGCACUGUCCAUGCGGGACUUCCGGCGAGCCUUCGGCAAGAUGAUCUUUAUCUGUUGUCCGAGAUACCGGUACGAGCACCACAAGCGUCAAUACCAACACCACAACAGCAACUCCACCUCCAGCUUCUCCGCCAGCUGCAGCGACAGGUGCGUAGCGCUCAAGAUCUAGCUUCGCUUAGCACAGACGGCCGGGUGCACGGGUAGGCGCUUUCACUCGUCUUAAAGAGAAAGGUGGCCGCUUGACCGGCCAACCACUUGUAGUCAGUCAAUAUGGAGUCCUACGUGCACGUGUGCACAUCCAGAGAUUGCCGGCAUUGUGAGGUGAUCUCCUCUGUAACGGUUGCACAGUCUGGGAAUGUAGUCACGUGGCCAGUGCAGGGUCAUCCGGAAGUUUGGUUACUGAGAGGAAGUUAGAUGCUACCAGACAUCAAUGAAAGAUCACAAUCAGGAGCAAAUGGCUUGGCGAGCUUUGGUUGUAAACAUCUGGAAAUAUCGAAACAUUCUCAGGGGAUAUGACCACGGAAUAUUAGAAUGUCUAUGGCGACUUUAGGAAAGUGGAAUGGAUUGUGGAUACAAUGACAUACAACAUGGAAUACACUGACAGGAUUGUGGAUACAAUGACAUGCAGCAUGGAAUACACUGACAGAUUGUGGAUACAAUGACAUGCAGCAUGGAAUACAUUUACAGGACUGUGGAUACACUGACAGAUUGUGGAUACACUUACAUACUGCGUGGAUACACUGACAGGAUUGUGGAUACAAUGACAUGCAGCAUGGAAUACAUUUACAGGACUGUGGAUACACUGACAGAUUGUGGAUACACUUACAUACUGCGUGGAUACACUGAACAGGAUUGUUGAUACAGUGACAUACUGUAUGGAAUACACUUACAGGACUGUGGAUACACUGACAGGAUUGUGGAUACACUGAUACGAUUGUGGAUACAAUGACAUAAAGCAUGGAAUACACUAACAGGAUUGUGGAUACACUGACAGGAUUGUGGAUACGAUGACAUAAAGCAUGGAAUACACUAACAGGAUUGUGGAUACACUGACAGGAUUGUGGAUACGAUGACAUAAAGCAUGGAAUACACUAACAGGAUUGUGGAUACACUGACAGGAUUGUGGAUACGAUGACAUACUGCGUGGAUACACUGAACAGGAUUGUUGAUACAGUGACAUACAGUAUGGAAUACACUGACAGGACUGUGGAUACACUGACAGGAUAAUGGAUACGAUGACAUACUGCAUGGAAUACACUUACAAAACUGUGGAUACACUGACAUACUGCGUGGAUACACUGACAGAUUGUGGAUACACUGACAUACAACAUGGAAUACACUUACAGGACUGUGGAUACACUGAGAGGAUUGUGGAUACACUGACAUACAGCAUGGAAUACACUAACAGGAUUGUGGAUACACUGACAGGAUUGUGGAUACACUGACAUACAGCAUGGAAUACACUAACAGGAUUGUGGAUACACUGACAGGAUUGUGGAUACAAUGACACACAGCAUGGAAUACACUAACAGGAUUGUGGAUACACUGACAUACAGCAUGGAAUACACUGAGAGGAUUGUGGAUACACUGACAUACAGCAUGGAAUACACUAACAGGAUUGUGGAUACACUGACAGGAUUGUGGAUAACUGACAUACAGCGUGGAAUACACUGACAGGAUUGUGGAUACACUGACAGGAUUGUGUAUACACUGACAUACAGCAUGGAAUACACUAACAGGAUUGUGGAUACGAGGACAUGCUACCUUUGCCGCGAUUGACCACAAGCCCAGGAUGGCCAUGUCAUGGUAGACACCAGGAUGCUUUUAUGUGGGACUUGAGUGUAAAACUGUAUGACACUGUGUCCUAUGAGUGAGCCCUCUUGUAGAAGUGUCAUAAUCAUGUCAGCUGUAGCUUACAGUCUUAGCGAGCUUUUAAAAUAAUGGAAUGAUACGGAAACCCCGGUCUGGCCUCGGUCCUAAGCUCAGUGCCACGGCAGUCUAGUGCAAACCUCGAUUCCAGCGGAAGGAUCUUUGGUAGGCACAGUUCUUUGUAACAGUGUGUGUGCGUGUUGGUGUGUGUGUGUGUCCGUGUGUGUGUGUGUCAUUAUGCUCAAGCUGUGUGUCAGUGUUUGUGCGUGUGACUGUGUUUAUGGUGUGUGCGUCUGUGCAUGCGCGUGUCUGUGAAGGAUGGCGAGUGUUUGACUGACUUAUUUAAGUAUUGUUUGAAUGCUGCCAUGUGGAUGCCUGUCCAGGUAGAAACUUGUGCGAGGUUGUUGUUACCUGUCAGUCUGACGGCUGCAAUAAAGGCUGCAACACCUGUACAGGAAUGGUCGUACAUACGGGACACUGGUACACACGGGAUAAUGUGAUGAUACAAAGUUGAUAAUAUAAUGAUAAGAGGAUAGUGUGGUAAUACAAAGUUGAUAAUAUAAUGAUAAGAGGAUAUUGUGGUACAAAGUUGAUAAUAUAAUGAUAACAGGAUAAUGUGAUACAUAGUUGAUAAUAUAAUGAUAAGAGGAUAUUGUGGUACAUAGUUGAUAAUAUAAUGAUAAGAGGAUAGUGUGGUGAUACAAAGUUAAUACAAUAACUGCUCAAGUCGUCUUCAGUCAGUCAUGUCAGCUCACAUUUAGUAUUUUCUGAUUGGGUCUUGAUCGCUGAAACAUCUAGAAAUCUUGAAUGUUAGCCUGACAAGCAGUUUAUUUGCUGUAACUAGAAUCUGUUGUUGACAUAAACCUCAAGUUGACUGGUCAGUGUCCAACUGACACCUUACUAGUCUUUAGUCCAAAACUGAUUCUCUUUCAUAUACUGAGCUUAAGGCGAGAGGAAAAUAAAAACAGAUGUUAACAAAUCUCUCUUUUGUUUCGU